AUGGCCCUCUAUCACAAAACACUACAACCCAAGACGGUUCUGAGCAAGAGAUUUCACCCAAAUAACCUCAAUCAUUGUAGACCGAGCUCCAAGACCAAAGAAGGAGCUCCCAGGAGGAACCCCUCUCCCCAGUCUUCCCAGUUCCUGCCCUUCUGUGAGAAGUGUCAGCCUGGAACAUGCCACAGGAUGGUGGGCCGGGGAGAGGGGAGAUGUGUGGAUGCCUCCUUCUCAUGUCCAGGGACCAGCAGUGUGAAUCAGCUGGGGGGGCUUUUUGUGAACGGCCGGCCCCUGCCCCUGGACACCCGGCAGCAGAUUGUUCGGCUGGCAGUCAGCGGGAUGCGGCCCUGCGACAUCUCACGGAGCCUUAAGGUAUCUAAUGGCUGUGUGAGCAAGAUCCUAGCGCGUUACUACCGCACAGGUGUCUUGGAGCCCAAGGGGAUUGGGGGCAGCAAACCCCGACUGGCCACACCCCCUGUGGUGGCUCGAAUUGCCCAGCUGAAGGGUGAGCGCCCUGCCCUCUUUGCCUGGGAGAUCCAACGCCAGCUCUGUGCUGAAGGGCUUUGCACCCAGGACAAGACUCCCAGUGUCUCUUCCAUCAACCGAGUCCUGCGGGCACUACAGGAGGACCACCGACUGCCCUGGGCACAGCUCAGGUCACCAGAUGUUUUGACUCCAGUUCCUCACACUCCCCGCAGUGGCUGUGAGGUUCCUCGGGGUCCCCACCCAGGGACUGGCCACCGGAAUCGGACCAUCUUCUCCCCAGGCCAAGCUGAGGCUCUGGAGAAAGAGUUCCAGCGUGGGCAGUAUCCUGAUUCAGUGGCCCGUGGAAAGCUGGCCGCUGCCACCUCUCUGCCUGAGGACACGGUGAGGGUCUGGUUUUCCAACCGAAGAGCCAAAUGGCGCCGACAAGAGAAGCUCAAGUGGGAAAUGCAGAUUCCAGGUGCUUCCCAUGUACCAACUGUGCCCAAUGCCUCCCCUGGGAUCAUCUCUGCACAGCCCCCUGGGAGUGUGUCUUCAGCAGUCCUGCCUGCCCUGGAAUCCUUGGGUCCCUCCUGCUAUCAGCUGUGCUGGGGGACAGCACCAGACAGGUGUCUGAGUGACAACCCACCCCAAGCCUCUCUCAAGCCCUGCUGGGGCCACCUGCCUCCUCAGCUGAGCUCCCUGGAUUCAGUAGUGCUUUGCCAUCCUUACCCUUCCUUCCACGACUCCGUGGCCAGUGUUGGUGCCCCUGCGGCCUUGCUCUGGUCCAGCUCCCCACCCCUGCAAGGCCUGGAAUGA